UUCACAUUAAGAAGAUCGGAAGCUUUAUGGAACGGACUUUGCGGGAAUAACGUCAUUUCCGACGGGGUUCUGCGGAAAUCCUCAUGGACCAAUCAUAAUACAAAAUCCACACGGUAGGAGUAUUGGCGAUGAAGGCCUAUUAUUGGAAUCUAUUGUUGCUAUAGGCUAUUCUGCAAAAGUCCGAAAAGAUACAUUUAAUGUUGCACGUUCCUGUGCUGAUGCUGAGCAGUUAACAGGAAGCUACAAGCAACUUUUUGAUACAGUGAAUCAGGAUGUAUCGUGGCAGACCUCCAUUCCGAGGUCCCCCGCCGUCUCAUGGCUCUGGUCCCCGAGGUCCGCAUCCAAGCCAUCCGCAUCCCGCACCAGACCGACCGUACUCCCGUCCACCUUACCGGGACGACAGAGAUAGAGGUCGCAAUGGUUAUAACAACUACCGCGACCAUUCAGACACUUACCACCGCUCUCCGCCACACCGAAGAUAUUCGCCUGGGUCAGGAAGAGGACCUGGAGAUGAUUGGGGUGGCGGGCCCCCUUCAAGAGAUCAUUACAAGCAGCGUCGCACACCGUCUCCUCCCCGUGGUGGUCUCCCGGUUGACCACAGUCUAGUUAUCACGGUGGGCAAUGACCUGACCUCAACCCCCAGCUCUCGUGGUCCAGACCCUUAUGCCAGAGAUUACCAUGGUGGGGAUCCCCAGUACAAGCCUUCCAGACACCCCAGCUAUGACGGGCCGGGGCGGCGCAGUUCCAGCAGGGGUCGCAGUCGCUCUCCUGACCGCAGCCGAGCGCGGAGCCGUGCUCGCAGCCGCGUGCGCAGUCGCAGCCGCUCUGUGGAUCGCAACCGAGGCCGCAGCAAGAGCCGCGUGCGCAGUCGCAGCCGCUCUGUGGAUCGCAACCGAGGCCGCAGCAAGAGCCGCGUGCGAAGCCGGAGCAGAAGUGGCAGCCGCAGCAGGGGACGCAGUAUAGCGCGCAGCCGAGCGCAGAGCAGGGCGCGCAGUCGGGCACGCAGUAAGAGCCGCCCCCAGAGCAGGAGUCGCAGUCGGAGCAGGGGAAGAAGCCGGAGCAGGAGCAGGAGUCGGAGCAGAGGCCGCAGUCGUGCUCAGAGCCGGGUGGGGAGCAGGAGCAGAAGUCGCAUGCGGAGCAGGAGCAGGAGCAGCAGCGCUGGCUCUCUCCAACGCAAGACGAGCAAGGACGACUUCCAGGAGCUGGAGAGGGCGCGCAGACGCAAGGAGCUGGAGGACAUCCAUGAACAUGCCACCAAGUCCAUCCUGAAGAGACGCAUGGACUCAUCAGAGACAGACUCCCCCAUAGUCAUGCAGAACAGUGAUUCCCCACGAGAUCCGGAGCAUGUCUUGACGGCCAUCUCAUCAUCUGGUCUGGACCCCGCCCUCCUGAUGUCUGUGCUGGGGGAGCUGAGGGACGGCCCUGCCCUCGACCCAAAUGCCGCCUCCAGCGGUGGUGGUGCUGCUGCUUUAGAGGAGAUCCUGUCCCGGAUCCAAUCUGCAGGGGGCGCUGCCUUCGGUGAGUCGGGGCAGGGGGAUGGCGGGGAGGGCCUGGGCACGCUUCUGAGCCUGCUGGAGGAGAUGGCCGGAGCCAAGAAGGAAGAACGGAAGAAGAACCUCGCCGACAUCGAGGACGAGGAGAAGUUCCUGUAUGGCGAGGAGGAGGAGGAGGCUCGGCUGCCGGCAAUGGACAUGUUUGUGGGGAGAGCAGGCCUGAGCUUCCCCAGUCCUACACGGCCACAAACCCUGCUAUGGUGUCUCCCGGCGUACCUGCAGAGCCACAGUGAGGUUGUGGCACCCCCCCACACCCAUUCCCAGCCCCGGGAGGCCAGGCACCAUAAGCACAGUCCCUCCCCUGAGAGGAGGGGGCGAGAGGGGGAGCGACGGGAGCGGUGCUCCGAGAAAAGUACCCCCGGGCGUGGGCCGGACGACGUCAAGGACCGCCAGGAGGUGGAGGAGUACGAGAAGAUCCAGGACCUCCUGAAGACCAUCGGACUGGACCUGGGCGUGACGGAGAUCAGCAAGAUAGCCACGCGCACCAAGGAGAGGCUAACAGGCAACAAGCCUACUCCCCGGCAGAGGUCGCCCGAGAGGUCAAAGAAAGGUUGUCAGCGCCGGAGGGGGUCGAGCCACAGCGGUGGCAGCAGCAGCAGUGGCAGCAGCAGCAGUAGCAGCUCCAGCAGGAGCAGCAGGAGUUCCAGUCACAGCUCGGCCAGCAGCAGGAACAGUAACAGCUGGAGCCGACGGCACAGGCCGGACCGUCCAUCCCCCUCGGAACAUCACAGUUCCCACGGGCAUUCCCAGAGCCGCAAGUCUCCGCCACCGAAAGAGGAGCGCAGCUGGACACGCCCCAACCCAGCGAAGACCGCCCCACCCAGCCACGCCCCGGAGACACAGGCAGCGCCGCCGCAGUCCAUUCCACAGCUCGGGGUGCACCAAACCCACCCAGUACCCGUCUACCCGCCCUCACAAGCCCACGGCAUGGUCCAUCCCAACUACCCCCCCCCAGGGUACGACCAGUAUGGCAACUACGUGCCCUACAUGGGGCAGGGGUGGCCCAUGUACCCCCCUCCCCCCAUGGCUCCUGGCAUGAUGCCCCCCACUGGGGCAUCUCAUGCGGAGUAUAACAACCCCUACCUGAAGGUCAUUGAAACGGUGCCAGCCGAGGCGAAGGACUCUAAGAAGCAGGACAGGAAAUCUUCGCAUUUGGAAAGACAAGAGAAAGACAAAGACAUAUCCAAAGGCAUCUACAGCCAGGAUAAAGUGGACGAACAGAAGGAGAAGGUUCUUGAGGAAAGAGACAAACUGCGGAAGGACAGGGAGACUCGUCUGAAGAAGAAAGACUACCUCCUAAAGGAGUUGGAGCGCCUGCGCAAGCAGCAAGGUGAACUCCUGCGUAAGAAGCGCCGUGAGAAGGACGGCCAUAAGGACCCUCUCCUGAUGGAGCUGAGUCGCCUGCAGGAGGACGUCAUGGCCCAGAUCUCCUCGCUGCGCUCCGAGAACGACGAGGGCGAGAAAAAGCUGACCGAGCUGGAGAAGGUGGCGCUCAUCCUGGGCCUGCAUGCCUCCGACCGCCCCCGCCGGGAGCCCCGCUCCUCGGGUGACCCCGCGCCUCAGCCCGCCCAGGAGGAGAAGCACAAGGGGCGCGCCCGCAGCCGAGAGAGGUCCCCCGCCCGCCAGCCCUCCUCCUCAGCCUCCACCUCUAAGGCACCGGCCUCCUCUUCAAGAGCAACUACAGAGACUCCGAAGGCUCAAGCCAGCACUCCUGCUCCACAGAAAUCUGUCGACCAAUAUGAGUACUAUGACGCGGGGAACCACUGGUGCAAAAACUGUAACGUCACCUGCGGCGCCAUGUUUGAUUUUUUCACACACUUGCACAGCAAGUCGCAUAGAAAGUCUCAAGACCCAUACGACAGGCCUUGGGCCCCGGACUCGGCCAGCACGGAAAAGAAGCGAAGCUCUGGAGAGAAAAUCACUAAGCCGGCCAAAGGUUCGGAGUUUUUAAUGGCUGUGAGGGGCUUUUACUGCCAGGUGUGCAAAGAGUUUUUCGGAGACCCGAUCUGCGCUGAGGAACAUGUCACUAGCCAAGCACAUAACGAGAAAUAUAAGCAACGGAUGUACGAGAAUCCAAUGUAUGAACAGCGCCGGAAACUGGAUCGCCAGGCCGGCAUGACCAUGACCUCAGAGGCCAAACAUGCGGAGCAGAAGCGCAAACAAGAAGGAGAGCUUUCCCGCGAGGAAUUCCUAAAGCGCUCCAAGCACAGCGUAGAGGAGCGGGUGACCAGCCAGAAGGAGGAGGAGCCAAAACCGCGAUACGUACGAGAGGAAGAAAAGAAGCCUGCAUGCAGUCGCGAAGAAGAGGAAGGCAAGUUCAAGUACAGCCGCAGGGAAGAAAAGGAGGAGAAACCCAAAUAUGGUAGAAGAGAUGAGGAGGAAGAGGAGAGACCCAAAUAUGGUAGAAGAGAGGAGGAAGAGGAGAGGCCCAAAUAUGGUAAGAGAGAGGAAGAGGAGGAGAGGCCUAAAUAUGGUAAAAGAGAAGAAGAGGAGGAGAGGCCCAAAUAUGGUAGAAGAGAGGAGGAAGAGGAGAGGCCCAAAUAUGGUAAAAGAGAGGAAGAGGAGGAGAGGCCCAAAUAUGGUAAAAGAGAGGAAGAGGAGGAGAGGCCCAAAUAUGGUAGAAGAGAGGAAGAGGAGGAGAGGCCCAAAUAUGGUAGAAGAGAGGAGGACGAGAUCCGGCCCAAGUACGCGAGGAAAGAGGAAGAGGAGAACAAAUUCAAAUACAGCAGGAAGGAGGAGAGUGAAGGGCGAUCCAAGCACAGCCUGAGAGACGAGGAAGAGACCCGGUUCAAGUACAGCAGACGGGUGGAGGAAGACAGCAGAGGUAAAUACAGCAAGGGGGAGGAAGAGCGUAACAGGUACGCCCGGGAGGAAGACGACCGAGCCUCGUACAGCAAAGCAGACGACCGGGGCAAGUACGGCCGAGCCCCAGAGAAGAGGUCCCGAUACAGCCAAGAGGAGCCGGAGCGGAAGCCUAAGCACGGAAAGUGGGAGGCGGAAGAGGACGAGGUGAAACCCAAGUGGACUCGAGAGGAGCGACCGCCGGCCCAAAAGGAGGAGAGGGGGUGGAGGCACAAGCAGCAAAAAGGCGGGAAGAAGGGAGCAUCAGCCAAGGAGGAGAAGCCCGAGGUCACAGAGAAGCCUGCAGAACCGCCGAAGGUGUUGUGCGGCCCGAGUCCGGCCAUGCUGGCAAAACUGCGCAAGAAAAACGAGGAGUCCAACAAGGGAGGGACGUUUGGAAAGUUCACCUGGAAGAAACCGCAGAAGUCCCAGCUCGAGAAGGAGGCUGAGAGGAUGGCUGCUCAGUUUAUCAGAGAGGACGAAGAGGCGUCCGGAGGAGACGAUGACGGCGACGAAGCCUUUGCCAGAUCGUUAGCCGCUGCUAAGACGAUUGCCAUCAAGCUGGCUGGCAAGACCGUCGUCCCUCUGACCAGUCCGUGGGAGCCCUACGGCGUGCCUAGCAAGGCUACCACCACACAGGCGGCAUCUGCCAUGGUGCUCCGGAAGUCUCAAGGGGCGGCCAACAACCCUGCACCCGUCAACCCAGUUCUCGCGAUGAAGCCUGCUUCGGUUACCCCAGUCAAAGUCCAGCCUCCUGCUCCAGCGGAAGAGGAAAAGAAGGACGCCAUGCUGUCUGCAGACAUGAUCUCUAAGGCAUUUUGCGGAGAAGAGGUUCAGCUAAAAGUGCCAACCAUCAUCUCUCCGCCCUGCGAUCCAGCCCCUGCUGUAGCCUCAGACUACCAGCCUGCAGUCCCUGCUGCAGAACCAGCUUACGCACCAGAACCAGCUUACGCACCAGAACCAGCUUACGCACCAGAACCAGCUUACGCACCAGAACCGCCACCGGGGGUGUGUAUGAUGACCUUCGAGGCGGACGUGGGCGUACCGGGCGUCCCUGAGAGUGAGCAGACCCAUGCGGUGCUGGUGCGCCCCCCUCCUAUGAUCCAGAAGCCUCCCACCACAAAGACUCCUCCAAGAUCGUUAAAGCCCAAGUCCAGUCUGUCAGCAGCCAAAGCUAAGGACCUCUUCGAUAUCUUCUACAGUGGAGCAACCUCGUCUGCCUUCCCCAGCACCAAAGUUAUGGCAAAGGUGGACAAGGUUGAGAAGAUCUCUGAGACUAAGGAGAAGCCUGUGCAGAUAGAGACAUGUAAACCUACCCCAGAGGUCGUCAUGGAGCCUGUCCAGUUGGAGACAGACGAACCUAUACAGGAAGUUACUAUGGAGCCUAUCCAAUCAGAAACAGUUGCUCUUAUACAGGAAGUUGCCAUGGAUCCUGUCCAAUCGGUGACAGUUGCUCCUAUCCAGGAAGUUGCCAUGGCCCCUGUCCAAUCAGAGACAGUUGCUCCUAUCCAGGAAGUUGCCAUGUACCCUGUCCAAUCGGAGACAGUUGCUCCUAUCCAGGAAGUUGCCAUGGCCCCUGUCCAAUCAGAGACAGUUGCUCCUACCCAGGAAGUUGCCAUGUACCCUGUCCAAUCAGAGACAGUUGCUUCUAUCCAGGAAGUUGCAAUGUACCUUGUCCAAUCAGCGACAGUAGCUCCUAUCCAGGAAGUUGCCAUGUACCCUGUCCAAUCAGGGGCUGAGGAGUCUGUUCAGUCUGAGGCAGAUGAGCCUAUCCCACUGGUUGUGAUGGACGCAGUCCAAUUGGAGCUAAUGAACCCUAUCCAAUCAGAGACAGGCGACUCUCUCCCAGAAGUCGUCAUGGAUUCUGUCCAUUUGGAAUCUGAUGACUCUAUCCCACUGGUUGUCAUGGAUGCUGUGCACUCGGAAAUAGACAACCCUAUUGCAGAGGUUGUCAUGGAUGCAGUCAGUCUGGUGCCAGACGACCCCAGUGCUGAGGACGCCAUGGCACUACUCCUGUCUUCCAACAGUCCGCCACCUGGCUCUUUCACAGAGCAGCUCAACCUGGACACAUUUGAGUUCAACUUCGAGCCACCGGAGUGAGACCUCCCCUGAGGGGGUCUCCAUGGGACUGCAACAGAACAUCUCUGAGGUGCCUCCACUGCAUUGAUUUUAAAGGACUGUGAACUUUGUAAAAUACUUUGUUUAAAAACAUUAAAAAGGGUUUAGUUUUUACUACAGCUGGAACGGCUUGACUGACCGAAGUUAAGAGUUUGUUGAUGGGGGUGUGGGGGUGGGGGGCUCCGCUGAGGAACUCAACUUCCUGAAUUCGAUCUCAUGAUGGACCCUCUUAAGCUGUGAUGUGUACCAGCUUCUCCCUUCACAUGUCCUUUAGCCAGCUGACGCGCUCCACACUUGUCCAUCGUGUUCUGUGUAAGCUCUCUCUGCCGAAAUGUUUAAAUUUGAUUAAAGGUAAUGUGGAAUAUUAUUUGAACAUUAUCCUUUACUGAUCUUUAUACACGUGUAUGCUUAUUCAGACUCUAAAGCUGAAUGUUAUUUUUCUCAUUCCUGCUGAAAUGAUUGAGAGGAGCUCUUAAAUACAGGUACAAGGAACACCCACGUUCCGAAGAGAACAAGUUAUGGAAAGCAGAUGAUCAUGAUGAUGAUGAUGAUGAUGAUGAUGAUGAUGCGAGGACCAAAUACCAUGGUUAUGGUCUGAUCUGUCAUCUGCAUCAUAAAGAAUCUGCUUCUUUUUCUGCAGCGAUAAAAGGACACAAGGACAGGAUGUGCUCAUGUAACUAUAAUAUUUGGUUUCCUGUUGUUUUUGUUUCAGAUGUUGAAUUUGAAGCCUGGUUCAGUUCAUCCGCCCGUGUUUAGACUGUUUGUUGCCACCUAUUAAUCAAACGUCAUGCUUAAACUGUACCUGUUGUUGGAUGAAAUGCUGUUCAAAUAAACAGUUAAGACCACA